AUGGCCUAUGCGCGAUGGCUUGCUGGCCGGAUUGCACGGGGCGGCUGGGGCAGCUCGGGCGGCUCUGCGCGCAGCCUCGCCCGACUGCGCCCUCGCUGGCAUGCCCGCGCAUGCGCCGCAGCUCUCCCUCCGGCCAUCCUUGCCUGCCAGUACCUAGACAGACGCUGGUCCUCCUGCGAGACCAGCGCUGGUGCGGGCUCCGGCAGUUCUAGCUCCAGCAUCAUCCGCUUUCGGGUGGACGUGGACCGACCCGGCCUCCUUAGCGAGGCAACGGAAGUCUUGAAGAAGCAGGAAGUCAACAUCCGCGAUGCCCGGAUUUCCACGAAGCAGGGCACCAAGGCGACACACAUCUACCUCGUCGAGGACCGAAAUGGCGGGGGCCUCUCGGAAGAUCGCCUCGCCCAGGUCCGCGGGGCCUUGGGGCAGCUGGCCGAGGGCUCCUGCGAGGCGGCGCCUUGGCCAAGGUAUUCCUCAGAGGAGGUGCUGAAGCACCAGACGGCGGAGAAUGGGAUCUGGGUCAGCUACAAGGACGGUGUCUACGACAUCACGGACUUUGUGCAGAAUCACCCUGGUGGCAAGGACAAGAUCAUGCUUGCCGCCGGAAAGGCCAUCGACCCGUUUUGGCGUAUCUACCAGCAGCACACUGGGCGAGGUAAUGCCUUGGAGCUCCUGGAGAGCAUGCGCAUCGGGGAUCUUUCCGAUCCGCCCGCCGCCAGGGCUUCCUGCGAUUGCCCCUACGACAGUGACCCGGAACGCCACCCGGGCUUGAUCUUCCACAACAACAAGCCCUGCAACGCAGAACUGCCCUCGGAGCUGAUGAUGGACUCCUGGCUGACGCCCAACCCCGUGUGGUUCAUUCGCCACCAUCAUCCAGUGCCGGUGAUGGACCCUGAAGACUACCGACUUUGCAUCGAAGGCGUUGGAACCAAGGCCGUCACCUUGUGCCUGGAGGAUUUGAAGAAGCGGUUCCUGAAACGUGAGGUGUGCGCAACUCUUCAAUGUGGAGGGAACCGGAGAUCUGAACUGGACCAGAUUGAGAAGACCUCCGGCAUUCCAUGGGGCUUCGGCGCCAUGUCGACGGCUCGCUGGGGCGGCGUCUACCUGCGCGAGGUGCUGCAGCACUGCGCUGGCCUUAGCCACGAGAACGUCGAGGCCUUCGAUGUGAAGCAUGUGAUCUUCAAGGGCAUGGACGGCAUGGAGGCCUCCAUUCCCAUUGAGAAGGCCCUGAGCCCUUACGGCGACGUGCUGCUGGCCUACGAGAUGAACGGGGAAGCGCUGCCCAGCGAGCACGGGGCGCCCGUGCGCGUCAUUGUGCCGGGCGUGGUCGGCGUGCGCAACGUGAAGUGGGUCGGCCGCGUGGUGGCUUCCACGGAGGAAGCCGAGGGGCCCUGGCAGAGGGGCCUCGCCUACAAGGGCUUCUCCCCGAUGGUCAAGGAGCUGCAGGGCAUUGACGUGGAGAAGAUCCCGUCGAUGCACGAGCUGCCGGUGCAGUCUGCCAUUGUGAGCCCCAAGGCGGGCAGCAUAAUCGAGCUCGACGAUGUGGAGGUCAAAGGCUUCGCCUGGAGUGGCGGAGGGCGCGGCAUCGUCCGCGUGGACGUCUCCAUCGACGAGGGCAAGACCUGGGUCACCGCGGAGCUGACCAACGGCAAGGAUCAGGACUACAACCGAGCCUGGGCCUGGACCUUCUGGGAGGCCUCGGUUCCCGUGCCCGAAGAGCUGCAGGGCAAGGAGUUCACAGUCCUCUGCCGGGCCGUGGAUGCUGCUUACAGCACGCAGCCGGAGAGGCCAGAACCCCUCUGGAAUCUGCGUGGCCUGAACUGCAACUGCUGGCACCGAGUGCCGAUCCGACACCAGGAGUGA